AUCCAUUUAGGUUCGGUGUAACCAUACAAUGGCCUCAGACAGAGAUAAAAUUGCGUCUCUGAAGGAGCAAGUCGAGCAGUUGAUAACCCGAACCGCAAAAGCAGAGUGUCUUCUGAUAGCCACUCAAUUUUAUACCAGAUCUUUCCCCCGAGAGAUACGCGAUUUGGUGUACCGUUAUGUUGUCAUAACAGAUGUUUAUAUGACCAGAAUAGGGCCCAAUGGUCUAUACGAGCAGCCACAUUAUCAUGCCAUGGAUCCGGCGUUUGUUGGGGAAGACAUGGCGAAAGAGAUAGCGGAGGUGUACUAUUCCAAGAGCAAUUUCUACUUCGUGGAAAACACAUUGAUACCAGAUCUCAUCAAGGGCGACCCCUUCGACAUCGGUAUCAAACCUUUCCAGCAUAUCCGGCGUUUGAACAUUACAUUUAGCCUAAGGGACAUCCCGCAGUCAAAGGAAUUGCAAAUCCUCGAGCUGUUCGAGAUAUUCAGCCAACUGCUUCCCUUGCUUCAGAUAUCAAGAUUAGAGCUACUCCGUGUGCAGUUUAUCGUGGAAACGGAUUUUCGAAAACCAUAUAGUAUCGAUGACGAAUGCCUCAUGCUCAACUUUUUGGAGACAAUCAGAAUCCCUAUGUAUAUGCUGCUAUGGCAGGAAAGCAAAGUUUCCCUUCGGCAAUUCGAUUUUGGCAGUCGUGAGGUGCCAAGUCGAUGGCUUACAUGCUAUGAGGAGGGCGGACAUUUGACUACUCGACAUGAAACCCACACAUUUGACACCAACUUCUUCCAGGGGACAGAUGAGAUUGUAUUCAAGACACUGGAAGAACUCGGUGACUUCGACCUUGCGAGAAAUUACGUGUUUGUUGAUGAUGAUGGAACUGGUGAUGAUCAGACUGAGGCGGAGGCCGUUGCAGAAGAACGACUACGUCGACUUCUUCGAACGAGAUGGGGCAAGGAGCACGCACUAGAAUUCAACGAUCCUAUCCCUCCUCCUCAACCUGGGGAGCCUGGUUGGUAUUCCGAUGAUGAUCAAUCCUAUGGUUACUCAGAUCACAAUAUGGACUGGGACACAGAGAAUGAAGAAGACAUGAUUGGGGAUGGCGACGAAGACCCCCACUGAUAGCCAGCAAGACUAUGCAUAUCGGGACUGGCGAACGACAGACCAAAGAAGCGUGUCGAGGCUCCCUUUGUUUACAGAUUAGAAAAAUCCUCGGAUGUCAGAGUUCAAGCAGUCGUUGUAUAACUUCCCUCAAAUGCAGUGUUCGUGAGGGUUGAUAUAAGCGCUUUCGGGCAAGUACCAGCAGCUUCAGUGUACGUGUGGCAAGGGGCAUCAGACUUCAAUAUAACAUAGGCACCACCUCAAAAUUACAUAUCCGUCGUUUGGUUCUAAUAACGAUAGCACGCCUCGCACGGCGAGCCCGCUGAAAAGAAU